AAGCCCUGCGCCUCCCUGCAAAAAUUAAAAAAAAAAAGGAAAGGCAGCCCAAGAGCCAAGGCUUUGCAAAGAAAUUAGACCAGAAUGUCUAGCCAAAGUGUGGUCUCCUUUGCCGGCGUGGAUACAUGCCUUUCAUCUCUGAAACACUGCCAGUCCUAUAUAAAUACUGGAAUGGAGAUGGCUACCAAGGUUGCCUUUGACCUUGUGGAAAAUCGCAAUGACAUUGAAGAGGUUAACGCAAUGGAAAAUGCGAUGUUGGAGUAUGCCGCCAUGAACAGGGAAGUCUGCCACUAUGUCAAAGCUGUUGAAGAUACUGUAAGACAGAUCAAGCAAAAGAAGCCAGAAAUACUCCCAGAUUUAAAACUGGAAGCUGAAGAGAAGUUUAAAACCCUGGAAAGCACAAACACUGACCUUGAUCUGCAAAGCGACGAGAAAAUUGUCCAUUUUAAGGAUCAGCUCAGGAAGAUGAAGAAUCAGUUUGGUGUCCAUUCCGAUCCGAAAGAGAUCCCAGACCUUGAACUGGUUGAUGAGGAUAUUGCGGUGACACAAAGUCAGAUGAACUUCAUCUGCCCCAUCACACAGAAUGAGAUGAUGAACCCAGUCAGGAAUAAAGUCUGUGGUCACGCCUAUGGAGAAGAAGCCAUUCUGCAACUUCUCCGAAACAGGGAGCGACUUAAGAAGAAAGUCUGCUGCCCCACAAUUGGGUGCAACAACCGCAACGUCCGGAGAUCUGACCUGGUGCCCGACGAAGUCCUCAAAAGAACAAUCGACAGCCAGAGUAAACACAGCCCGUCAACACAGUAGAAGCCGGCCAGCGCUCCGUUGGUUGUUGCGACAAAGAGAAUGUGGCGUUAGAAGAGAUAAGUUGCUGAUUGUCAGGCGGUUGUGCAACAGAUUGUUAUUCCAAGUAUUCCAAUUGCAGGCAAAGUUGAAGGUCUGACCUCUGUCCGAAAGCAUCCUUUUGCUUCUUUGAGACUGCCAAGUGUAAAAUCCUUGUUUUUCUUGGGGUUUUUUU